AUUCAAAGACAACUCACACUAUUUUAAAUUCAAAACGUUUUUUUCACAUAAGGUGUAAAUUUAUACAUAAUUCUUAUAGUAACUAGAACUGUUAACCGUUACAUUCUUCUUAAUCACCAGCUGCAAAGUGGACGCGUUGACUUCGACUUUUAUAUUAACUGGCAAUUAACAAUGGCACAUUCGAGUUCCGUCCUAACAACUGUGGAUAAAGCAGACAUUGAGAGGCACAGCAAAUUGAGUGAUUGGUGGAGUAAAAAGGGCUCUCUGAGGGGUUUACACACCUUCAACGACUUAAGGAUCCCCUAUAUAGUCAACAAUGUUGUCCUAACAGAUGAAAAAAGGAACUCUUCAAAACCAUUAGAGAACAAAAAAAUUUUAGAUGUCGGCUGCGGAGGUGGUAUCGUUUCGGAGGCAUUGGCAAAAUUAGGAGCACAGGUCACGGGAGUUGACGCAAGCAGUACCCUCAUCGAGAUGGCGAAGAAGCAUAGCGCUUCUAAUGCUGAUCUUCAAUAUAAUCAACCAACGUAUCAAUGCACAAGUAUCGAGGAGCAUGCCCAAACAUUUGUAAAUUAUUACGAUGCAGUUGUGGCUUCUGAAAUUGUAGAUCACGUGGCCAAUGUCGAUCUAUUUCUAGACUCUUGUGUGCAAACACUUAAACCAGGUGGAAAAAUAUUUAUAACAACACCGAAUAAAACACAGUUAUCGAGAUUUUUCGGUAUAUUUGUGGCGGAGAACAUUUUGAAAUUAAUACCCAAAGGACUUCAUAAAUAUGAAAAGUUCAAAAGCCCCAAAGAAGUUACUGAAAUCUUGCAUAAAUAUAACUGUGAAGUAAAUGAAGUGUACGGGUUACUUUUCAACCCGAUCACAGAAAAUUGGUGGUGGUCAUAUUUUCAAUUUUUAUGGUAUGCUCUUGUAGCAACUAAGCUGAGUACAUAGGAAUGUUUGAAAUAAAAACUAUUGUAUC